GUAGGAGGAAGGAGACGCCAUUAGAGGGAGGUGGAGAGGGAGCGCUCUUCGCCUUUCCUCCGGUGCCUGACGUGGUGGCUAAGGCCCUUCAUUCUCGGACUUUCUCUCGGUCCUUCCAGGCCUCGCCCGAGGACAGAGAGGAGCCAGCGCCGGGUCGGCGGGCCGUUGGCAGGGCGCGGAGUCGGUCGCGGCCGUGAAGGCGCUGCCGCGGCUGUGGGGAGCUCGGCGCAGUUCUUGUGCUCGGGCGGCCGGGAAGCGGCGGGAUGGCUGCGGCCGGCGGCGGAGCGGCGGCGGGCCGAGCUUACUCAUUCAAGGUGGUGCUGCUCGGGGAAGGCUGCGUGGGAAAGACGUCGCUGGUGCUGCGCUACUGCGAGAACAAGUUCAACGACAAACACAUCACCACUCUGCAGGCAUCUUUCUUAACAAAGAAGUUAAAUAUUGGUGGGAAAAGAGUAAACCUUGCCAUAUGGGAUACAGCAGGUCAAGAGAGAUUCCAUGCAUUGGGUCCAAUUUACUACAGAGAUUCAAAUGGAGCAAUUUUAGUUUAUGAUAUAACAGAUGAAGAUUCUUUUCAAAAGGUAAAAAACUGGGUCAAAGAAUUACGGAAAAUGUUGGGAAAUGAAAUCUGUUUAUGUAUAGUUGGUAAUAAAAUAGACUUGGAAAAGGAGAGACAUGUUUCCAUUCAAGAGGCAGAAUCGUAUGCAGAAUCUGUAGGAGCAAAACAUUAUCAUACUUCAGCCAAACAAAACAAAGGAAUUGAGGAACUCUUUCUUGACCUUUGUAAAAGGAUGAUAGAAACGGCACAGGUGGAUGAGAGGGCAAAAGGCAAUGGCUCCAGUCAACCAGGAGCUGCAAGGCGAGGUGUACAGAUUAUUGAUGAUGAGCCUCAAGCCCAGAGCAGUGGUGGAGGAUGCUGUUCUUCUGGAUAACCAUUCAAGCCUAAGAAAUUAAAAAACAAAACAAAACUGUGGAUCAUUGCCCUCAACAUGAAGACUGCCAUAUUCCAAGUCACAUUAUUUUACCAAUGGAGUUAUAGAAUUAACAGUAUUUUAAAUUACAUUUAUAACACUGCAGAGACCUUAAGUGCUAAACUUAGUGGAGUUUGUGACCAGAGAAUUGGCAUUUUCUACAAAUGUUAACAAAGCAAUUACCAAUGGCCUUUUUACAUAUUUUUUUCUUUAAUGAGGAAUAAUAUGCAUGUAGAAAAGACCUACUUAAAGGCUUCAUUUAUAUUCUUUUAAAUCAGAUCUUUAUUUAAUAACUUAUAUAUGUUGUUGGAAUGAUAUACAUUUUUGCAGCCCUUUGUAUUUUGUGGUAGUUUGAAUUGUAUCACUUCUAAACAGCAAACUGUUUUUGUUUUUGUUUUUGAUUAGCAGAUACCUGAAGUACUAUUUUUGCAGGGUUUGCACAGGCCCCUAACUGUCUACUACUUUGAUAUAAUCUAUAUACAUCCUGUAUGCUGAGCUGGUAAAAUACGUUGUAAAUUACAUAUUAAAUAUUUUAUCUGCUUUUACAAGCGCAAGGUGCAAAAAUAUCUACAGUAGUCUCAUUGAUGACCGUAAAGUGAAUUAACAUUUGGUGAUAAUGUCUUAGCUUUUUGACUGAUACAAAGAUCAUCGCUCCCUUUCACUUUUGUCUUAACUUAAAAGUGGCGUGUUUAAAUUUUCACACAUAUUUUACUUGAAUUAUUGCUGUUGUCACAUUUUUUGCCUUUCUAAGUCCAUCUGAUGAUUGAACAGCAGCAUUUGCCUUUUGGUUUGGAUUUUGGGUUUGUUUUAGAGUUUUUUUUGUGUGUGUGUGUGCGUACAAGAGUGUGCGUGUGUGUGUGUGUGUGUGUGUGUGUGUCAGUGUAUGUUGUUGGUUUUUUAAUAAAAAGAGAUGACUUCUGCUGAUUUUUGCUUUACAAUGGUUACCUUAGAAGAAUUUGAGUGGAGCAUGCUGAGUUUCACUUCUGCAACAGCUUUAGAUUUCUUAGGCUUUAUAUAAGCUGGGUUCACUGGCAUGAGAAAAGAGGAAGAGGUCCCAGAUUGUAACCACUCACGAAGACUCAUUCAUAUAGCAUGUUAGUGGUAUUUAUGCUCCUGAGGCAGCACUUGUGAGCAAGUCUGUUUGUUCAUUGCUUGUCAGAGAUGAACACAGAACAUUCUGUUCAUUUUAUAAGAGCUAUCCUGAGCUUCUGUAGAGGGAAGCAUUUCAUGUAAUGCAGUUAUAGCAGACACUGGAAAGAUUUAUUAUAAAAUUAUAUUCUUGUAUACUUUGUAAAUUAGUCCCUCAUUAGACUGCUUCCUUUUAGCAUAGGACUGAACUUAAAUUUGUUAAUUUUAAUAGAAUCAGGUGCUGCUCACAGAAGGAACACAGAUUGUAGAAAUUAACAUGAAUUGUUCUUGUUCUAAUAUAUAUAUAUUUUUCCAUUUCUGUCAUGCUUGGAAAACUAGUAAAUGUUAUGUCUAAGUUAAAAUGGAAUGGUCCCUGGAUUUACUUAUAAGAAGCAGAGUAUACAAUAAAGCUGUUAGCAUGAGCGAUUAAGAGGA